GAUCUUUUAAAGACAAGUUAGUGGCAGACCAUUUACAGAAACCAGAGGUUCUGUCUUUUGGCUCUGAGCAUGCUGCUAAUCUUCAUCAUCUCGUGUACUGAACGAGAUGUACUGAACGAGGGCUGCAGAGCUGCAGCAUCGGCAGGAGUAGGCGCUCGGUAGGACGGGGCCUGCACAACCUCCCCGGUAGUCUGCAGAGCGGAAUCUAGCAAGGCUCCUUUCCCGCGGCGCCCUGGAGGCGGGGCCCCACCUUCCCACGCAGGCGCUACCAGGCCCCGCCUCCUCACCCGCCCGCGGCGUGGCGUCGGAAAGAGCCCUCAGCCCCUCUCUCGCUGGCGCUGAUACCCAAUGGGCAGCCGCAGGUCUUUAGAGAGGGCGGGGCACCCCCUGGACGCCGUUCUGGUUGGCCCGCGGCCCGGCGCAGCGCAUGACGUUAUUACGACUCUGUCACGUCGCGGUGCGACUGAGGCGUGGCGUCUGCUGGGGCACCUGAAGGAGACUUGGGGGUACCCGCGUCGUGCCUCUUGGGCUGUGAGGAGUCGCCGCUGCCGCCACUGCCUGUGCUUCAUGAGGAAGAUGCUCGCCGCCGUCUCCCGCGUGUUGUCUGGCGCUUCUCAGAAGCCGGCAAGCAGAGUGCUGGUAGCAUCCCGUAAUUUUGCAAAUGAUGCUACAUUUGAAAUUAAGAAAUGUGACCUUCACCGGCUGGAAGAAGGCCCUCCUGUCACAACAGUGCUCACCAGGGAGGAUGGGCUCAAAUACUACAGGAUGAUGCAGACUGUGCGCCGAAUGGAGUUGAAAGCAGAUCAGCUGUAUAAACAGAAAAUUAUUCGUGGUUUCUGUCACUUGUGUGAUGGUCAGGAAGCUUGCUGUGUGGGCCUGGAGGCCGGCAUCAACCCCACAGACCAUCUCAUCACAGCCUACCGGGCUCAUGGCUUUACUUUCACCCGGGGCCUUUCUGUCCGAGAAAUUCUCGCAGAGCUUACAGGACGAAAAGGAGGUUGUGCUAAAGGGAAAGGAGGAUCGAUGCACAUGUAUGCCAAGAACUUCUACGGGGGCAAUGGCAUCGUGGGAGCGCAGGUGCCCCUGGGCGCUGGGAUUGCUCUAGCCUGUAAGUAUAAUGGAAAAGAUGAGGUCUGCCUGACUUUAUAUGGCGAUGGUGCUGCUAACCAGGGCCAGAUAUUCGAAGCUUACAACAUGGCAGCUUUGUGGAAAUUACCUUGUAUUUUCAUCUGUGAGAAUAAUCGCUAUGGAAUGGGAACGUCUGUUGAGAGAGCAGCAGCCAGCACUGAUUACUACAAGAGAGGCGAUUUCAUUCCUGGGCUGAGAGUGGAUGGAAUGGAUAUCCUAUGCGUCCGAGAGGCGACAAGGUUUGCUGCUGCCUAUUGUAGAUCUGGGAAGGGGCCCAUCCUGAUGGAGCUGCAGACUUACCGUUACCACGGACACAGUAUGAGUGAUCCUGGAGUCAGUUACCGUACACGAGAAGAAAUUCAGGAAGUAAGAAGUAAGAGUGACCCUAUUAUGCUUCUCAAGGACAGGAUGGUGAACAGCAAUCUUGCCAGUGUGGAAGAACUAAAGGAAAUUGAUGUGGAAGUGAGGAAGGAGAUUGAGGAUGCUGCCCAGUUUGCCACGGCCGAUCCUGAGCCACCUUUGGAAGAGCUGGGCUACCACAUCUACUCCAGCGACCCACCUUUUGAAGUUCGUGGUGCCAAUCAGUGGAUCAAGUUUAAGUCAGUCAGUUAAGGGGAGAAGGAGAGGUUAUACCUUCAGGGGGCUACCAGACAGUGUUCUCAACUUGGUUAAGGAGGAAGAAAACCCAGUCAAUGAAAUUCUUGUAAACUUCCAUUAAGAUUAAGUGUGUAGAUUGAGCAGGUAGUAAUUGCAUGUAGUUUGUACACUGUUGCAUUAAAAGAUGAAUUAUCUGA